AUGCCAGAGGGCACUCAGACCGGGAAAGACGACGUCCCCGGGAGCGGGGCUGGCCAGCGAGGGAGCGAGGGAAGCGUUAACUCAGUGUGCAGCUUUCUGGGUGGUUUUCACGUGGGGCCGGGCCUGGCCAAGCCCAUGGGUCUGGUGGAGGGCCCGGGGGGUCUGGGCCAAGGCGGUGUGGCGGCCACUCUGCGGGAUGACAGCCAGGAGACAGCCGGCCACUACGAGGAAUAUGGCUACAACGCCCAGCUCAGCGACCGCAUCUCCCUGGACAGGACCAUCCCCGACUACAGGCCCAAAAAGUGCAGGCAGAUGACCUACUCGGACGACCUGCCCCAGAUCUCCGUGGUGUUCAUCUUCGUGAACGAGGCUCUCUCGGUCAUCCUGCGCUCGGUCCACAGCGUGGUCAACCGCACGCCCUCCCAGCUCCUGAAGGAGGUCAUCCUGGUGGAUGACAACAGUGACAACGUGGAGCUCAAGUUCAACCUGGACCAGUACGUCAACAAGAGGUACCCGGGCCUGGUGAAGAUCGUCCGGAACAGCAGGCGGGAGGGCCUGAUCCGGGCGCGGCUGCAGGGCUGGAAGGUGGCCACGGCCCCGGUCGUAGGCUUCUUCGACGCCCACGUGGAGUUCAGCACCGGCUGGGCCGAGCCUGCCCUCACGCGGAUCCGGGAGGACCGCCGGCGCAUCGUGCUCCCCGCCAUCGACAACAUCAAGUUCGACACGUUUGAGGUGCAGCAAUACGCCAGCGCCGCCCACGGCUACAACUGGGGGCUCUGGUGCAUGUACAUCAUCCCGCCGCAGGACUGGCUGGACCGCGGGGACGAGGCGGCGCCCACCAGGACCCCCGCCAUGAUCGGCUGCUCCUUCGUGGUGGACCGGGAGUAUUUUGGGGACAUCGGCCUCCUGGACCCGGGCAUGGAGGUGUACGGCGGCGAGAACAUCGAGCUGGGCAUGAGGGCUCUUGCCUCCCUGGACGGCUGGCCGCAGAGCAGGCCCCUCUGCCCGGCAGGGGACGGGCCCCCUGAGGCCUUGCCUUGGCCUCGACCCCCUCCCCAUGGCAUCUCCUUUGGUUUCUGGUCGCAGGUGAGAAACAGCAAAGCCAGCGGCUACUGCUUGGACCAGGGGGCGGAGGACGAUGACCGCGCCAUCCUCUACCCCUGCCACGGGAUGUCCUCCCAGCUCGUGCGGUACAGCACCGAGGGCCUGCUGCAGCUGGGCCCCCUGGGCUCCACCGCCUUCCUGCCCGACUCCAAGUGCCUGGUGGACGACGGCAGGGCCCGCACGCCGGCCCUGAGAAAGUGCGAGGAUGUGGCCCGGCCGGCGCAGCGGCUGUGGGACUUCACCCAGAGUGGCCCCAUUGUGAGCCGGGACACUGGCAGGUGCCUGGAGGUGGAGAUGUCCAAGGACGCCAACUUUGGGCUGCGGCUGGUGAUGCAACGGUGCUCGGGACAGAAGUGGGCCAUCAGAAACUGGGUCAAGCAUGGCCGGCACUGACCCCUGGCCCAGCCUCCCCAACCUGCAUCGCAGACCUGGAGGCCUGGGGAAGGGGACGGACCUUCCCGCCCACCCCGAGCUGGAGCC